UAUCAUAAUUAUAAGAGUUUCAGUUAUGUUUACAUUUUUUCCCUCGCUGAUACAAAAUGAUCCGUCAGUUUAAUAACUUUCUGCAUGAAUAUCUUAUUUUGUUGUACAAAGUGAUGACACGGGGAAACACCUUCCUCCGGUCCAGGCUCUCCGGGGUCGAUCUUUACCGAAGCUGCCCGAGUCCCACCGAACUCUGAUGGUCCACAAACCCGACACCAGCCGAAGCUCUCCAGUCUCUCCCGAUUCGGCCCCAUUGAAGUGUGUUGUUGUCAGGUUGGGGGAGAUGGUGUGGACGAGCUUCAUGAAAUAAAGAAAAGAGAAAAAAAAAAAAAAAAAGGAAAAGAGAAAGGCGGUUGGAGACAUCUCAGCCGAGCCCCUCCCCGCCCGCUGCUUUUUUUUUUCGGAUUCGAGGCUUGACGAAGCCCCCAUUCAUGCCGGAGUCGUGACACACCCUUGGCUGCACCAUCACCACCACCACCAUCACCACCAUCAUCACCAUCAUCACCAGCAGCAGCAGCAGCAGCAGCAGCUCCUGGCCGUACGGGCUGCGUAAAGGACGCAGACUCUUCAGGAUGAAAGCGGUUGCGGCGGCAGUGUUUAGCGUCCUGUUCUGCGCUGUUGUUUCAGCAUCUUCAAAAGUGGAACGCAAGACAGCGUUCUUCGGGGAGGACAUUUUUUUCGUUGUCCCGUCGGGGAACGUCAGUGAGGUUGUGUUCAAACCCCGGACCAACAACUCCGCUGAGGUGGUUCUGCUGCAGGAGGGCAAGGUGGUGAAUCCUCGGUGUCACAUCAGCUCUCUGGGCCACCUGGUGCUGGAGGACGUGCAGGAGGAGGACGAGGGGCUGUACAUCGUCAGAAACAUCAGCAGCCCCAACACGGCCAAGCACAUCGCCCUCGCUGUCAAGGACUGUGCUGUGGAGCAAGUGGUGAACUACGGAGAAACUUACUACAUACACCUCAACCACAUCGAGGGCCCCAUCACCCUGGAGUUCAGACCCAUUCUGGUUCAUCCCAAUCAGACUGAGAUUCAGCAUGCAACAGAGCCUCCGCCCGUGGUGCUGUAUAACCAGACGGCGGUGUCAGCGGAGGAAUACGUGGGACGCCUCGUCGUGUCGGAGAAGAAGGUGACGCUGCACGCGGUGAGGAUGAAGGACGAGGGGAGCUUCACGGUGCUGGACCGUGAGGGCAAAGUGAGGAGGAGGAACUGUCUGAACGUCAGAGGCCAUCAGACCUUCCUGCAUCCCACCACCGGAGACAACCUGAAGAUAAAACUCUACCUGCACCACUCCAACUUUAACAUCGUCUACAGGUCCAAAUCAGACAAUCAGGACCGGAGCGUGCUGAACCAGGGGGUUCUGGUGACGCCACUGGACCCUCAGCUGGAGGGCAGGCUGACCGUGGAGGGAUCCCAGCUCAUCUUUAAGAAGGUCCACGUGUCCGACACGGGCGUCUUCAAAGUGACGGACCUGGCUGGGUUUCCUGUGGCUCACGUCCACAUAGAGGUGCAACCCACGAAGCUGCCUGCCCUGACUGUAGCCGUCCUGUCCAUGCUGGGCCUGAUCGCCUUCAUGCUGGUGGUGUGCCUGCUGUCCUGCGUCUACACAAUACACAAGAGGAACGAGAAGAGCAAGAAACUGAUGCUGCUUGCUCAGCAGGCCGGGAAGAGAGACGGGGAGGCGUUCAGACAGGUGGUCCAUGAGGCUUACACCAGGUUCACUGAGGAAUCUAUAACACAGUCCAUAUGUGAUAAAACCCCGGACGGCACGGAGGUCACGAUCAAGGGCCUCGAGGUGUCCAAACCGGGCCGCUACCACACUCUCUCCUCUGACAAUUUCCUGGAGAUGAGCGACUCUGGGGUGGAGUUCACCCAGUCUGGCCUCCCACUGGACAGCGACACCGAUGCUGCGAUGACCUACGCCUCCCACAAGCCCCUCCUGAACGCCGUCUCCCCGACAGCUGUGACCGAAGAGGUUCACUCCGACAGCGUGGAGGCCACCUUGGCUCCCCACGGCGACCUCAGCGCCACCCGGACCCCUGACUCCGUCAUGAGCGCCAGCCCUGCCUCCAAUCCUCGCUCACUCGCAGCUGCCACGCCUGAUGGCAGUUUGUGCGGCGCCGCGUCACCGGGAGCGACCUCCAGGGGCACCGCUGGGUCGGAUUCAGCCCAGACGGACGGAGGAGCCGAGGGUGGAGAAGCUGUGCAGAAGGAGGAAUCGGCUCAGAGCACCUGAUAGGAUGCAACCGGGUGUUUUUUUUGUUUUUGUUUUUUCCCCUCCUCGUUGUCCUCAUACAGUAUUGACAUCCACAACAUCUGGCUCUGUGUUUCCCCUGAUAAUAUCCGAACACCACCCAAAGUCCUCGAUCACUGCAUUUGACACAACCUCACAGACAAAAUAUUUAUGCCUGGAUCUGGAUGUCACUUCAACCUCAAAGAAAAAAUAAAAUAAAAAAGACAGUUGCCUAAAAAAAACACGCAAUACAAAAUUUGCUGCACUAAAUGAGAUGCAGAAGAGUCCCGUCCCCCCACCACCACGGAGCUCUCAAAAGAAGAACAAAGCAAUUCUGUGCAUAUGGAAAAAAUGCAUGCAUUUAAAUUAAACAUUAAAGUAGAUAUCAUAGUGCAGAUCUACAGGAAAUAUGCUGACGUUAGAGUAGACCGACUGCAUGCCAGCUUCAUUGGGCCAGAGAAGCUACGAUGACGUGAGAAGGGUAAAAACACUCUCAGCACUUUUUGGGAAAACACCUAAAUGGGAUCAAAAGUAUUUCAUGGGUCCCGUCGAAAAGGUUGUCAGGAAAAAACUGUACAGGGGUUUGACAGUUUGACAGUCGGAGUCAGCGCGCUCGGAGGAAUCAGACGUUAUUUCCUCAGAACGAAGCUACGAACAACAGCAAGCAAAGAACUUCUCCGGUGUCGAGGCGAAUCCCGAUGUGUCGCCUCUGACAGCACUUUUGUCUCUCACAGCGUCACACGAACGCUGAUGAUUGUAUUCCUUCGCACCCGCGCACGGACUCUAUUAUCACCAGUACAAGUAUGUCAGAAAGCGUCUCCGCCCCUCGCACAGAGGAGCUCGUCUCAGCACUCCAUUCACCGCCAUCCAUGAGAAAAAAUCCCCCAUGACGGAUUCUUUCUGGACGCUGACACGAGCUCUGUAGAUGGAAAGCAACCUCUCCUCCUUUCUCUCAUAUCUUUUGGUGUCAGAUCUGCCGCUCUUGAAGGCAUCAACCCCAACAAAAACCAAACCCUUCCACCUCAUCUCACACGGGCUAAUGAUGAAACACCCACCAGAUCGACAGCUCCCUGCAGACGCUACACUCACGUGUCCUUAUUUGAUCGCAGGCCCUGUCGGAGGAACAUCAAAUUGGAAGAAUACUCUGCAACACUUCUUGGACUUUCGGCGCGGCUCCCGAGAACAUAAUUGGAUUCUUGGUCUCCUCGCGGAAGGACAGACUCACGGACACCGCAGAGUGACGAGCGGCGAUAAAAGAGACGACGGCGAUGGAACAGGGAACUAUUCGAGGGAGCAGAUAAAAUGACUUGCAUGAUUUAAAGCCUCCUAUUUUCGUCUCAGCCACCAUCCAACGGACGGAGCUCUUGAUUAUUGUGGCCCAGUUGUUUGCCAAAAAUGAAGUGACUGGAAAGGCGCAGUCGGAUCAAUCUGUGAUAACGAUGCGGCCUGCGACAAAAUGAGUGUGUGUGUGGGUGGAUGUUGACGGGGGCUGAUUAUAUUAGAGCUUUGGUGCAUAGAGGCGUGAUUCCUUUCAGAAAAAAACAAGGAAAUGAGAAAGAGGACGACAUUCUCAGUAUUAAAAUCCAGAAAUACUGAUUAAAUUAUUAUCAACAACCCAGAAAACCGAUGAGUUCAUACAUGUGCUGCUGCUCGUGGUCCGUGGCUAAAGAAACAGUCCUGUAAUACUGAUGCUAAUUAACAGAGCACGACAUGAUGUAAGGAUGGUCAGAUGUUUACAGACAUUUCAACCUAAUCACCAGUGUAAAUGUUAGCAGGGUACGUUUCUGCAAACCACGGAAAUGUUAACAUUUGUUUACACUUUAUUCUUCUUUAAUAAUCACAAGUCAAGACAAGACAAGACGAGUCAGAUCACAUGAGGAUAAAGGAAAAGGUCGAAACAAUGAAAUGCCAUCAGCUCCUUAGAAAUAUCUGGUUGUUUCAUGCUCACAAAUAAUGAAACGCCGCCUCGAUGAGUGAAGUCCAACAUGGCAGCUGUCUCGCCCAGCUGUCACACCGUCCCUCCACCUGCUGACACCAAAGUCGUGAUGUGAUCUGCAUGUCACGCACACAGUAAUGUGUCCUGUGGUUCGCAGAAACCUAAAACGCCAACAUUUCAUUCUGCCGACCAGGCUGAAUAUUUCAGCUUAAAGCUCCUCUGUGACAAUGAAACGCCUCUUAUUGACUCGAAGGCAUUCCAGUCCUGAUAACCAAUAGUUCACAUUGUCGAUUUGUUUACUCUAAUAUAUGUGCGAAGUUAAAAAAAAAAAAAAAAAAAAUGCCCCCAGGCGUCACAGGAUGUCGUAGUGAUGUGUUCAGGAUGCUUCUAAAUGACCGUAGAUAACAAAUCCACAGUCCUGCUUUUUUUUUUUUUUUUGUUUAACCUUUUUGUUCUUGUUUUAAAACAAGAAGGCCUGUAAAUCAGCAGUGUGUCAUUUAAUUACAGCCUUUACCACAAUAAACACAUUUCCUGGUAGAAUAAAAGAAAGGACGAGAAAAAACACGAGUAAUUGACCUGAGAUACAGAUGAGAGCGAGGAGACGCUCGAGUUCAAACGCGCUUAAAAAGAAGCACGAACAGUCAAUUAGUUUAAGCUCCCGCGGCCAGAACAACUGCGUUCGACUAAUUAGUUCCUGUUUCUUGCCGUGGAAGAAGCCUGCGGGCUAAUUCAGGUCGCAGGAAACAGAUUUACACCAAAGACUUUUCACAUAAUGAGACCGAGACGUCUCGAACCGCUGAGGAAACUCCGUCAGUUCAUGUGUGUCCUCCACAGGUCCUGAGCAGCAUUUUCACACCUUUAGGGAAUCACAGCAGCGUCCUCAUCCGAACAUGUAACAAUAACCCCACGCAGACGUCACUGUUAUCGCCUCCAUCGACAGCUGUUAGCAGCCUGGCUACCUCGAGCUGUAACUGAACUGAUGUCAAAUUGGAAAGUCGGUGAUAAAAGUUGGACCUCCGCCCUCGAUGGGCGUCAUUAAAAAAAGCAGUCGGGUGGACACAAAAGUUUGGUGUCCGGACAAGAAAAAGCACAAAAUUCAACACGUGGGAUCCUUUUGAUACAAAAAAAAAGGUUCACAUUGUAUUUAAAAAGGGUAGAAAAACAAGUAGCAGCUAUUGUAAAUACGAUAUAUUGAUCUGCAAAAAAAUGACUAGCUGAACUAGCUCCCGUCCUCUUCAGGAACAUGUAGUUUGGAUUGAUUCUUUAUUUACCGCUGAGGUUAAAUAUAAGAACCCUGAGUGUGUGGGAUGACCUGCAUACCCUUCUUGUAUGCCAUCCAAGUAUUGAUUUUGUACGGCUCCUUUAUCGGCCGCUGCUUUUGCUCGUGCAGGGACUUCUCGACUUAAUCCGAUAUAUAUAUUAACACCACAUGAAGCCUCCUUAACUGACUUUGUGUAUGAUGUAAAUAUCAGGUUGAUUCAGUUAAGCUCUAAUAACGAAGGUUAAGUGGACUAAUGACUAAUUGAUGAUCAAUGACUUUCAGUUAAAAUCUAAAGCAAUAUUAACGAUAAUAGCACUGAGACAUCACUAACAUCCUGUCAGGCGCGUAGAGGAAUCUGACAUAGCACACCUCGACACCGCUCACCCUUUUUUUUCACUGUUGUAAAUAUACAAUAAUAUGUGGUCUGCAUGUGUAUAGUGCAAAAAUACUAAUACGUUUCUUACUGCAAGGCUUAUGCAAGAUUUUAUACUAUUAAACCGCUGCAUUGCUCCUUUAACCACUCACCCACAGUAGGUAGAAAGCUAACACGUCGGGCUGGAGAGACCUUCAGUCCAGCUCAUGAUAACAUGAGGAGGUGUGAAGUCCUUCCAUCAGAGUUUCAUUCAGCUGCGUUGGAGUACCUGUAGUCACCUGUCGGGUUCGUUAUCAGACAUUUACCUGUACUGAAACAUGGAUAAUUAUUUAUAGACUUGGCCAACAAAGCAGGAAGUCAGCAACUUAUACAAUGACGUCAGAAAAAUGUGUGCACAUCAAAUCAAAACAUUAGCAUCAUAAAUAAAAGUUUGACGCUAACGUAUUUAGCCGAGCUUUGCACAAAGGCUGCUCGCCUCUACUGACUCGGCUCUAAAGUGACAUUUUAGCUAACUUCCUGUCUGUUUCGCUGUUAGCCGUCCUCUCUGCGUCACCACAUGAACAUGCAGAGAUAAUCGACAAACAGGAUCCGACUCCUCGUGUGUUCACGAGCAGACGGAACCGCCUCUUUAUGGAGCUCUCUGCUCUGAUUGGAGGGAGUGGGCCGGGAUACUUUUCUUUUCUCUUUGACUGCAUCACCAAUCGGUCUUUAACAGUGAUUAGGUUUGAAAUAUGGAGCUGUUUAACACAUAUUUCAGUAGAAAAAUAUGACAACAGCUUUAACGGAGGGCAGAGCGACACUUUGUGCAGGAAGUGAGUCAGUUAAGGGACCUCGGGAUCCUGGUGCUAUUUGGCCACUUAACAAUUCAAUAAAAUACAACAGGCGACCAAUAAAUUCCUGUUUCAGCCUCCAAGAGACAAAGUUCAGACACGACUGGUUAAUCUGAUAUCGCUGCGUAGGUGUUUUUAUUGGACCAUCGUAAUGAUUGUUGAACAGCACUGCAGCUGGACACUUUCACUUUGUUUUUUGCAGAUUUAUAAGGUUCAGGCACUGCGUCUAUCUCAGUUCAUGCAACUGUGGCAUUAAAUACGAGAUCAGGUCAUGCAUGAACAGAACUACAGUCGUAUUAAUAAAACAGUGGCAAAGUGGCUUCUGAGCCACUGUUACCUGCAGUUAAAUCCAAAUAAGAUAAUGCAGUCCUGUCAGGUGGUUAAAACAGAGUUAACCUAGUUUUAGUUUCUUUAUCGCCACAUAUAAAAUAAUAAAAAGUGUCCUGCUGCGUAUCUGGAGUGACAGUAAUGCAGCAGUAAAAGUGAAUGUUGAGUAAAAGUCUUGAUAUUACAUGUGCUUAAAUAUCAAAAAGUAAAAGGUUGAGGUAUCAGCUGAGCGCUCGUUAUGCUGGAACAGUAAUGAUGAAGUUCAGGCAGUCGCAGCUGAUGAAGUCUUUGUGGAAGGAUUUCACUUUCUGUCGUUCGACCUCGUCUGAUGUUUUCUGUUUCGCCGCACAUCAGAGCCGUUUUUCACACAGAACAGAAGUGCUGAUCCCCGUGUUUGUAGAGGCAGAUUUAAUAAAACGAAUCUCUCAGUUCUGCUGGAUUCGCUCCCUCUGUUAAUCUACUAUCCUCUGUAAUUCCAAAAGAAUAUAAUGAAAAACCACGAAACGAUGCCCGCAGUUUGCUAAUACCUCUGAUUAUAAUAGACGAAAUAUCAGAGGAAGUGUCAGCUGCAGCGAAGAUCAAUUAACUUUACUUCACUCGAGUGCAAUCCAGUGAUCGGAUUUGGUUUUAUCUAUGAUGGAUAAUUGGAGAAGAUAAUUGAAAACCACCGGCCUCUGUCGCUCUACACUAAGAACUUUGUUUUAUCAUGAAUAUUGAACACACAGUUUGAAACCAGGUGUGUAUUCUUUUGAACAAACUGACCCCAGAUCAGCGGCGCAAUCUGCUUGAAAAUCGCUCCACACCUCCGUCCCCCCCACCGCGACACUCACAGCACCUGAGAAUGUUUUUUAUACAGAAAAAAAAAAAAA